AUGGCGUUGUACCACCAACCAUGGCCGCCGUGCGCCAUACCAGCCCCACGUCUUGAUCUUACAUGUCCCAUCGAAGAAGAGAAGACUCCAAACUACAGUCCGGAGAGGUUUUAUCCGAUUCAGCUGGGACAGCUGCUGAAUGGGAGGUAUCAGGUGGCGACUAAGCUCGGGUAUGGAGCCAAUUCGACCGUUUGGCUUGCUCGAGAUCUGAACCGAUGGAAGUGGUCUGCAGAGAAGUAUGUCGCAAUUAAAGUUAAAGUAACCAAGAGUUUAAAGAGACGACGUUCUGCGGAAAACGAAAUCGAUAUCCUUCAGCACAUCAACCGAACGAAUCCUAAGCAUCAUGGAUGGCAUUUCGUUAGAAAACUCACCGACACUUUUGCUCUUGAGAGUCCAUAUGGUAGCCACCCAUGCCUCGUGUUGGAACCUCUACGUGAGCCGCUUUGGCUAUAUUGCUCCAGAUACAUUGGUGGCGUCAUCCCUCCGGACAUUUUAAAGAUUCUCCUCCAAAUGAUACUUCUUGGACUCGACUACCUUCACACUGAGUGCCAUAUAAUUCAUGCAGAUCUUAAACCCGACAACAUCAUGAUAAGAAUCGAAGACGCCAAGAUGUUUGAAAAGGACGCCAUAGACGAGUACAACAACCCAUUGCCAGAGAAGCAGUUAGACGACCGCACCAUUUACCUGUCUCGAAACAACUACGGACCGCUUACUCGACCAACGGGUAUCAUUCAGCUCGUUGAUUUUGAUCUUGCUGUCCGUUCAACGCCAGGAAAGCUGCACUACGGUGCGAUCCAAGGAGAGAAAUACCGAGCACCAGAAGUCAUCCUCAACUCUGGGUACAGCUACCCCGCGGACAUCUGGAGCCUUGGGGUAAUGGUACAGUCUACCUCUCGUGUCACGCGGGGCAAACACCUCUUUAGCCCUUUGACUCUAGGGGACGGGACGGCACACGAUGACUUGACCCAUUUGGCACAGAUCGGCGCACUACUCGGCCCUACCCCCCACGACCUUAUAAACAAAGGGAGGAGAUCGACCUUGUUCUACCAGGAAAGCGGAGAGCUGAAAAGGCCGAGCCGUGUGCCCAGGAAUUUCAACCUCGAUAGCACGCUCACAUGCAUGUCUGGCGAGGAAAAAACGCGAUUCAUCCGAUUUGUCAAGAGAAUGAUCACCUGGCGCCGCGAGGAUCGGAGUACAGCCAAAGAGCUUCUAGACGAUCCAUGGCUCUACAAAGACUUUGCCCAAGAUUAG